AUGAAUUCUAUGGACAGGCACAUACAGCAGACCAAUGACCGACUGCAGUGCAUAAAACAGCACUUACAGAACCCUGCAAACUUCCAUAAUGCAGCAACAGAGCUCCUGGACUGGUGUGGAGACCCCAGAGCCUUCCAGAGACCGUUUGAGCAGAGCCUGAUGGGUUGUUUGACAGUGGUUAGUCGCGUGGCAGCUCAGCAAGGAUUUGACUUGGAUCUGGGAUACAGGCUACUGGCAGUAUGUGCAGCCAACAGGGACAAAUUCACUCCAAAAUCAGCUGCACUGCUUUCGUCGUGGUGUGAGGAGCUGGGACGGCUCUUGCUGCUUCGCCACCAGAAAAGCCGGCAGAACGAUCCUCCAGGGAAGCUACCCAUGCAACCGCCCAUGAACUCCAUGAGCUCCAUGAAACCCACCCUUUCUCAUAGUGAUGGGUCUUUCCCUUAUGAUUCUGUUCCCUGGCAGCAAAAUACCAACCAACCUCCAGGCUCUUUAUCAGUGGUCACCACAGUAUGGGGUGUGACUAACACCUCUCAAAGCCAGGUGCUGGGAAAUCCAAUGGCAAAUGCUAACAACCCUAUGAACCCAGCAGGAAAUCCCAUGGCUUCUGGGAUGACUACCAGCAACCCUGGAAUCAAUUCUCCUCAGUUUGCUGGACAGCAGCAACAAUUUUCAGCCAAGGCAGGCUCCACUCAGCCAUACAUACAGCAGGGCAUGUAUGGGCGACCCAAUUAUCCUGGAAGUGGAGGCUUUGGUGGCAGUUACCCUGGAGGCCCAAAUACCCCUGCAGGGAUGGGGAUUCCCCCCCACACGAGACCGCCAGCUGAUUUCACCCAGCCAGCUGCAGCUGCUGCUGCUGCUGCAGUCGCGGCUGCAGCUGCUACAGCAACAGCUACAGCCACAGCCACUGUGGCAGCCCUUCAGGAAACGCAGAAUAAGGACAUGAACCAGUAUGGACCGAUGGGUCCAACUCAGGCUUACAACAACCAGUUUAUGAACCAGCCUGGUCCUCGUGGCCCUGCUUCUAUGCCAGGCAACAUGAACCCAGCAAGCAUGGGAGCAGGAAUGACACCUUCCAGCAUGAGUGGGCCACCCAUGGGCAUGAACCAGCCUCGGCCUCCUGGAAUGAGUCCCUUCAGCACGCAUGGGCAGAGGAUGCCUCAGCAAGCCUACCCAGGCCCUCGGCCCCAGUCUUUGCCUAUACAGGGCAUAAAGAGACCGUACCCCGGAGAGCCAAAUUAUGGAAACCAGCAGUAUGGACCAAAUAGCCAGUUUCCAAACCAGCCUGGUCAGUACCCUACUCCAAACCCUCCAAGACCCCUUACGUCUCCCAACUAUCCUGGUCAGAGGAUGCCAAGCCAGCAAAACACAGGGCAGUACCCUCCUCCAACAGUCAACAUGGGGCAAUAUUAUAAGCCAUCAAGGCCUGUACCUGUGGCAAAUUACCCUCAUUCACCUGUUCCAGGAAACCCCACACCACCUAUGACUCCAGGGAGCAAUAUUCCUCCAUACCUGUCACCUAACCAGGACGUCAAACCACCAUUCCCACCUGACAUUAAACCAAAUAUCAAUGCUUUACCACCACCUCCAACCAACCACAACGAUGAGCUGCGCCUGACGUUCCCUGUGAGAGAUGGGGUUGUACUGGAGCCCUUCCGGCUGGAGCACAACCUGGCAGUCAGUAACCAUGUCUUUCACUUACGGCCAACUGUUCAUCAGACGCUGAUGUGGAGGUCUGACUUGGAAUUGCAGUUCAAGUGCUAUCACCAUGAAGACAGACAAAUGAACACGAACUGGCCAGCUUCAGUCCAGGUCAGCGUUAAUGCAACCCCACUUACCAUCGAACGUGGCGACAACAAGACAUCUCAUAAACCUCUGCACCUAAAGCAUGUCUGCCAGCCAGGAAGAAACACGAUUCAAAUUACAGUCACAGCGUGUUGUUGUUCACACUUGUUCGUGUUGCAGUUAGUACAUCGGCCAUCAGUUCGCUCAGUGCUUCAAGGUCUACUAAAGAAACGCCUCCUCCCAGCAGAACAUUGUAUCACUAAGAUAAAGAGGAACUUCAGCAGCGUAGCAGCUUCCUCUGGCAAUGCGACACUAAAUGGGGAAGAUGGAGUAGAGCAAACUGCCAUUAAAGUGUCUCUGAAGUGUCCAAUCACAUUCCGGAGGAUUCAGCUCCCAGCAAGGGGUCAUGAUUGCAAGCAUGUACAAUGCUUUGAUCUGGAAUCUUACUUGCAACUGAACUGUGAGAGAGGAACUUGGAGGUGUCCAGUAUGCAAUAAAACUGCUCUGCUGGAGGGCUUGGAGGUUGACCAGUAUAUGUGGGGUAUUCUGAAUGCUAUACAAAACUCAGAGUUUGAAGAAGUUACCAUUGAUCCGACGUGCAGUUGGAGGCCAGUCCCUAUAAAGUCAGAUAUUCACAUCAAAGAUGACCCAGAUGGCAUUCCCUCAAAAAGAUUUAAGACCAUGAGUCCAAGCCAGAUGAUCAUGCCAAAUGUGAUGGAGAUGAUUGCAGCUUUGGGUCCUGGCCCAUCACCUUACCCAUCCCUACCACCUCCUCCAGGAGGCAACAACUCCACUGAAUAUGGUAACCAAGGCAACAGUUACCAAGGUCAUGGCAAUUUUGACUUCCCACAUGGGAAUCCCGGUGGCACAUCUAUGAAUGACUUCAUGCAUGGGCCACAGCUUUCACAUCCCCCAGACAUGCCAAGCAGCAUGGCAGCUCUCGACAAACCUCUCAGUCACCCCAUGCAGGAAUCUAUCCCUCAUCCCGGCAGCACUGAUCAGUCCCAUACUUCCAUGCAGCAAGGUUUGCACGUCCCUCACCCCAGCAGCCAGUCAGGGCAGCCAUUACAUCACAGCGGGCCUCCUACCCAGCAGUCCCGGCAGCCACCCCCGGCCGCUUCUAGCAACCAUCCACACAGUGACCUGACCUUUAAUCCCUCCUCAGCCUUAGAGGGUCAGGCUGGUGGACAGGGAGCACCUGACAUGCCGGAGCCCUCGCUGGAUCUACUUCCAGAACUCACAAAUCCGGAUGAGCUGCUUUCGUACCUGGAUCCUCCUGAUUUGCCCAGCAAUAGCAAUGAUGACCUUCUGUCUCUCUUUGAGAACAACUGA